UGUCCGUUUGUCCUCACAACCGUUGUCAAUAAAGCUAAGUGACCCUCCCCCUUCCUUUUAAAUCGCCGGCCUCCCAUGCUGCUCCGCGGCAGGCGGCUUUGGAAUUUAAAUCCUAUCAGCCAAUCAGGAGAGCGCAUUGUGCUUCAAAAUCAACGGCGGCUACAGGGCCGGGAGCAGAGGGAUUAAAGGGCCGGGCGGAGCAGCACGUACAGCCGGUCCCCGCACAUCAUCGCCGGUGUUUCCGUUCAGUAUUCGCGUUAGUCAUGGCUCAGGUGGACGGCAGGACGGCUGCACAGACAGCUAAGCCCCCCGGGGUGCCCGCGGUGAAGGAGAUCCCCGAGAUCCUGGUGGAUCCCCGCACCCGGCGCCGCUAUCUCCGCGGACGGUUCCUCGGUAAAGGCGGAUUCGCCAAGUGCUAUGAGAUCACGGAUCUGGCCAACCGGGAGGUGUACGCCGGGAAGAUCGUCCCCAAGACCAUGCUGCUGAAGCCGCACCAGAAGGACAAGAUGACCAUGGAGAUCGCCAUCCAGCGCAGCCUCAACCACAAGCAUGUCGUCGGCUUCCACGGCUUCUUCGAGGACAACGACUUCGUCUUCGUGGUGCUGGAGCUGUGCCGGAGGAGGUCCUUGUUGGAAUUGCACAAGAGGAGAAAGGCGGUGACGGAGCCGGAGGCGCGCUACUACCUGCGGCAGACAAUCCUGGCCUGUCAGUAUCUCCACAGCAACAAAGUCAUCCAUAGGGAUCUCAAGCUCGGGAACCUGUUUCUCAAUGAUGACAUGGAGGUCAAAAUAGGUGACUUUGGAUUGGCGACCAAAGUGGAAUUCGAUGGAGAGCGAAAGAAAACCCUUUGUGGGACCCCGAAUUAUAUUGCACCGGAGGUUUUGGGCAAGAAAGGGCACAGCUUUGAGGUGGACAUCUGGUCCCUAGGAUGCAUAAUGUACACGCUGCUGGUCGGUAAACCUCCUUUUGAAACUUCAUGCCUAAAGGAAACCUAUCUAAGGAUUAAAAAGAAUGAAUACUCAAUUCCUAAGCACAUUAACCCGGUUGCCGCAGCCCUCAUCCAGAAAAUGCUCCGCUCAGACCCGACCACCAGGCCCACCAUAGACGAGCUUCUUACGGAUGAAUUCUUCACCAGCGGUCACAUUCCCAACCGCCUGCCCACCACCUGCCUGACUGUACCCCCACGGUUCUCCAUAGCCCCUAGUACUAUUGAUCCGAGCUUCAGGAAACCACUUACUGCUAUAAACAAAGGUGACUCUCCCAUGGUAGAGAAACCUGCACCGGCCAAGGACGAAGAGAUGGUACCAUCAGAAUUUGCGGAGCCUGCGGACUGCUACCUGUCUGACAUGAUGGUGCAGCUCACUAGCGUCAAUGCUGCUAAACCCUCAGACAAGCCUCUCAUUAGGCAAGAGGAAGCCGAGGAUCCAGCCUGCAAUCCGAUCUUCUGGGUCAGUAAAUGGGUGGACUACUCUGACAAGUACGGUUUAGGUUACCAGCUCUGUGACAACAGUGUCGGCGUGCUGUUCAACGACUCUACCCGGCUGAUCAUGUACAACGAUGGCGACAGUUUACAGUAUAUAGAAAGGAAUAAUACGGAGUCUUACCUGAAUGUGCGCUCUUACCCGUCUGCUCUGACCAAGAAGAUCACACUACUGAAAUACUUCCGAAACUACAUGAGCGAGCACCUGCUGAAAGCGGGCGCCAACAUCACCCCCCGGGAGGGAGAUGAGCUGGCUCGCCUUCCCUACCUGAGAACCUGGUUCCGGACAAGGAGCGCCAUUAUCCUUCACCUCAGUAACGGGACUGUGCAGAUAAACUUCUUCCAGGACCACACAAAGAUCAUCCUCUGUCCUCUCAUGGGUGCCGUCUCCUACAUCGACGAGAAACGGGAGUUCCGCACAUACAAGCUGAGCCUCAUCGAGGAAUUCGGCUGCACCAAAGAACUGGCAAGCCGGCUGCGUUAUGCCCGCACAAUGGUGGAGAAACUGCAGAACACUAGGUCUGGAGCGGCCGUACACGUUAAGGCCUCAGCGUAACCGGACUACAGAAACAUGGACGCCGUCUCCUCUGCUGCACCAGUCUCAUGUAUCAUAGUAGGAGGUUAACAAAGACCUUGGCGGCAGCGGACAUUUUUUCUUUUUAAUUCCAGAGCCGAGAAGUGCCAAGUCAAUGUAUUAAACUAGAUGUCUAACUUUACCAGACUGUCCCGUCGUCGCCACACCUGCAAAGUGCACUUACUGCUGGGGCAGGGGGGCAACUUGUAUGUAAGCGGGUGAUACCCCAAAUCUUUCUCACGGAGAGACCCUGUCCUGUCUGUCACUUCUCAAUGUUGUCAGGUUUUAAUGUAAAAUACCAAAUUUCUAACUUUUGUAUAUUAAUAUCAGAUUAAAGUUCUUUGUAUAUGGA